CACCUUGAUACCAAAGAUCCCCAGGCUUUGUUGGAUUUGGGAGCCAUUUUGGGAUUCUUUGCUUGCGCUCGUUGAUCUCGAGUUGUUGUUUCAGUUGAUCGUGUCGUUUAAGAGUGUGGCUAACAAAGGUUCAGUCAGCAAGGCACUUGAUAGAGCAACCACCAUCACUAGGCACAUGGACUGGCCGCGGAACAGCAUGAAAUAAGGGAAUGACCAUGGAUUUUUCUCAUCUGCACACAUACACUCCUCCACAAUGUCUGCCAGAAAACACUGGCUAUACAUAUUCCCUCAGUUCCAGCUACUCUUCAGAUGCUUUGGAUUUUGAGAUCAAGCAUAAUUUAGACCCUGUGUUUGAUUCUCCAAAAAUGUCCCGACGUAGUUUACGCUUGCACCAUAAGGAUGGGUCUCCAGUGGCAAAUCACUCCUUUAUUUCUACAAGUGGAAGUGUGAAAAAACAAAGAGAUCACAGGUCUUCAAGAGAGAGCAAAACCACAACCAAACACUAUUCUUCUACAAGUUUACAACAGACCUCAAGAAGAUCUCAGUCCAAUAACUUAUCACUUAACAGUGAAAGUCAUGUGUGUGCCAAUGACUUAUCUUUAACUAUGCUAGAUGAGUCAUCAAUACAAGAAAAGACACUGGUGGGCAGUAUAUGGGGACUGGAUGAGGACCAAGAUCUGAAAGGCGCAGAUGCUACCUUUUUCCAGGCAAAUGGCGAUCUGCUGUCUGCAGGAACUCAGACUACCAUGCUCAAUGGUUACAUCUGCAAUGACUGCAGCAUACUGUCUGAAAGGAAAGAUGUGCUUACAACGCAUCACGCCUCCCAAAUGGCUGCUACAACUGUGUACAGCAGGAAUAAGAGCCAAACACAAAAGCUGAGCAACAUCCAUUUACUUGGUGACUCUUUUCUACGCACCAGCAAGUAUGCUGCUGCAUCACUUACGUCACUGGUGAUGCAGAUUUUACAUCAUGUAAUGCUGAAGAUGGGUUAUGAAGCAAAAGCUCAUUCAUGUUUUUGUGGUAGUAUGAAUGUCAAGGACUUGAUAACUGGAGGUGAACAUCUUGGUUUAAAUGGUUCAUUAUGUGAUGACUGUAAAGGGAAGAAGCACUACGAAACACAAACGUCCCAAAUGCAGUCUUCAAGAUAUAAUCGCAUCACGCGGACUUUAUGGCACAUCAUAUCGUACACAGGGCAUUGUUUACUCCAGGUAGUGAGGACACUUGCUUCUGCUGGCUGGUUUGUAACCAGAAAGGUCAUUUCUGUCUUGUGGUUGGCUAUUGUAUCUCCAGGUAAAGCUGUAUCUGGUGCAUUUUGGUGGCUUGGCACUGGAUGGUACCAACUGGCUACAUUAAUGUCUCUUCUGAAUGUAUUCAUCCUGACAAGAUGCCUUCCCAAAUUAUUCAGAUUCCUUCUGCUGCUGAUACCACUUCUUCUACUGCUGGGCUUGCUGUCCUGGAGUCCUUCUAGUCUACUAUCCAUGUUUCAUCUCUUAAAGCCUGAAAUGCAGACUAAAGUGGUUCCAACACCUUCCACAACACAAGCAGACGAGUCUUUGUUCAUCUCUCAGGAAAAAACUGGUGAUGGGACUCCUCAUCCUCCUUCAGAGAGUCUUUGGACAGUAUCUGAUGCUGGACGCAUAACCGAUCUGGAAAAGCAGUUGGCUUUAGUCUCUGCGAGAUGCCAGAAAACCACUCAACUAAGUGAAGAACAGCAUAACACUGUAGUGGCUCUGUAUAAUAAACUGCAGGAGAAGUUGGAACAAAUGAGUGACAAGCAAGCUAUGUCCCUUUGGAUAACGAGCCUUUUUAAUGAACAAAUGACCAGUAUAAAGGAAGAACUUAAAAAUGAUGACUCUCUACGUUCACGGGGUGACUUUUUGUCUUUGCACCAUGGCCAUGAGUUACGCAUUAUUGAACUGGAGAAACUUUUAAAGGCAGUUGCCGCCAAAGCAGAGAUUCAAAGGCAGCAGGAAACUUUGUAUUUGAACCGGGAUGGUGGCAGUGAAAGAAUAAAGGAUGAUGGCAGCCUUAUGUCUGAAAUAAAGAGAUUGGAGAUGGAGAUAAGUCAACUAAAAGUUGAUUUGAAUAUAGUGAAGAAUGUUCAACCAGCAUGUGAAAAGGUGGAUGCUCAAGUUAAGGAUUCUCUUAAAGUACUCCUUUAUGGUGCCAAAGAAGAAGAGAUGCCAGACUCUUUCCUGCAGUGGCUGUCAACACAGUUUGUAAGAAAAGAUGAUCUUCAGGAGCAGCUGGCUGCAUUAGAAAUAAAGAUACUGAAAAAUAUUACUGUUUUCGUGAGUGAAACUAAAGAAGUGCCAUCAGUUGACUAUGUAAAACACAUUGUUGAUGAUGCCGGUGUUGCUGGUGUAUCUGAGGAGCAAGUGCGUGUGAUUGUAAACAAUGCACUGAAAUUGUAUUCAGAAGAUAAGACCGGCUUAGUAGAUUAUGCUUUGGAAUCCGGAGGUGGCAGCAUCCUAAGUACUCGUUGUUCUGAAACCUACGAAACCAAAACUGCUCUAAUGAGUCUGUUUGGUUUUCCUCUUUGGUAUUUUUCACAGUCCCCAAGAGUAGUGAUUCAGCCUGAUGUUUAUCCGGGUAACUGCUGGGCUUUUAAAGGAUCUCAAGGUUACCUUGUUAUUCGUCUCUCACUGGCAAUCUACCCAACAGCCUUUUCAGUUGAGCACAUCCCCAAGUCUCUCUCUCCCACUGGCAAUAUAAGCAGUGCUCCAAAAGAUUUCACUGCCUAUGGUUUGGAGGAUGAAAAUCAAGAAGAGGGUACUAUGCUUGUGCAUUUUACUUAUGAUGAAAGUGGAGCACCUCUGCAGACCUUUCCAGUUACCGGUGAAAAUCCGAACAUCUAUCAAAUAAUAGAAAUAAGAGUGACUUCCAACUGGGGCCAUCCAGAGUACACAUGCUUAUAUCGGGUACGAGUUCAUGGAACACCAAAUCGAACGUGAAACACUGACUUUUCUUUAGGUUUUGUAUAUUUGCUCCACUGUAAAUAAUGGAAGAUAUGAAGCUGUAUUUGGGAAUACAGAAAGUUUUAAUUUGUAUAAGAAUGUAAAACCAGCUUUUUGGACUAAAGGGGAAGAAUAUAUUUUGUAAGUUUAAAGUUUUGCUUUUACCAAUACUGGUGUCCAUGGCACUUAACUUCAGCACUGAGGUUGCACACUUAGUCUGUCUCACUCAAGAUGGGCUGAAGCUGUGACCAGAUAUCUACAAAUUGGACUCCAUGUUGACAACACUGUCUGCAGUUGCGUUAUCAGAGUAAAUGACUUUCUCGUUAUUAACCUGCAAAUAGCACUUCAUACCACUAGUCCAGCCUAUGCACUCACCUGUGUGUCUCAUUAUUAAGCUAUGCUCAUAACUCGAUGUUUUCUUAUUCUGACAUGUCAAUGGUUGACUGAUAAACCCAGAGAAUGUGCUGCUGCAGUUGAUUUAAUAUUACUGACUGAAGUUCGUUUGUUAGAGUCCACUUUAUGUCCUGGGUGGGAGAUGAGCUUUAAAAGGAAGACCGACAUUUUUUCAGUGUGGUACUCUUUAAUCCGUAUAAGCGUUUAACGCUGCAGCAGACUAGUGAGUGAGCAGGUUGCCAAAUCUCAUAAUUUAGACAUUUUUACAUCCUUCCCAUAAAAAGCAUAUCUUGCAGAUUUUUGUUGAGUCAGUGUUCUGCAUUGUUUUAUAUUUGUUUGAUCUUCCCGUGUGUAAAUAGCUAUUGUAAGUAAGACUGCGAAGGACAGUGUUUGGUUUUAAUAUACAUUGCACAAUGCUUCUCUGGAAUAUUUUGUAAAAGAACUACAAGUCUAAAUCGUACAUUUGUUUCCAUAAAACUUGUCAAGUAAAAAUGAAUAUGCAUUAUCUGCUAAAUAUCAAAAAAUAAUUGGAAUGUUGCUUAAAAA